GAAAUCUCCCCUACGGUGCGGAAAGAAAUUAACAAGAAGACAUAAGAAAAUUUAGCGAACAUGAGUUCGGCGGAAACCCUAGUAGUCACCACCCCCCAAGAAGAAGAAGAAGUCUUGUUCGCUAUGGAACAAGCCAUGAUCGCUUCCGUGCCCUUGGUUUUGAAGGCUGCCAUGGAGCUCGGCAUCCUUGAGCUCUUGUCUGAGAGCUCUGCUCAGCUCUCGCCCGCCCAGAUCGCGUCACGCCUCUCCAUCAAGAGCCCUGAUGCUACCGUCACCCUCGAUCGCAUCCUGCGUUUCCUCGCCAGCUACUCUUUCCUCUCGUGCACCUUGGCACAGGACAAAGCCGGGAGGCCCGAGAGGCUGUACGGCUUAGGCCCCAAGAGCAAGUUCUUGGUGAACGGCCAAGGGCAUAACAUCGCGCCGUGGGUGCUCUUUCUAUUGGACAAGGUCUCCUUGAGCGGGUGGUUCCACUUAAAGGAGGCAGUGGUUAAGGGAGAAGGCGACCCUUUCAAGCUCGCAAACGGCGCAAUCCUCUACGAGUACACCGGGACAGACCCGGAGCUCAACAACUCCUUCAACAAUGCCAUGAAGUGCGGGUCCACUUAUUACAUGGGUAAAAUCAUGGAGUUUUACCGGGGAUUCGAGGGUGCCAGAACGGUGGUCGAUGUCGGCGGCGGAGUCGGCGAAUCCCUUAGGCUAAUACUGUCCAAGCACCCUCAUCUCCGCGGCAUAAACUUCGAUCUACCCUACGUCGUCAAAGACGGGGUCUCUUAUCCCGGUUUGGAACAUGUCGCAGGGAGCUUUGUAGAUGACCCUAUUCCCAAAGGAGACGUUCUCUUAGUGAAGUGGCAAUUUCAUGGUUUCGGGGACGAGUUCAGCUUACAGCUCCUGAAGAACUGCUGGAGCGCAUUGCCGGCGUCGGGCAAGGUGGUGAUCAUAGACCCGAUAAGCCCGGAAUACCCUGGGACCGACCUAGUGACCCGGACCACGUUCACGUCCGACAUGAUCAUGCUGGGCAUGACUAACGGAGGGAAAGAUCGAACGUUGAAGGAACUUGAGAUCAUGGCCCGCGCGGCUGGGUUCGGAGCCUUGAAAGUUGCCUGCCGGAUCCACAACAUGUGGGUGCUCGAGUUAUACAAAACCGCCUAAAUUGCUAUGUCUGAUUGCCACUCUCUUUGUUUUCAAUUGGAAUAAAUGUUUUGUACCUUCCCCGCAUUUUCGGUGAAUCAUCAAACAUGAGCUUCUUGAUCUUCUUCUC